CCAUUUACUUAGCUCUCAAAGACUUGCCUUGUUAUACUUUAGAGUACAAGCAAACUAUGAAGUAAAUGCGUGAAAAGUCGAAUGUGAGAUGUAAGUAUCAAGCCUCGCAAGAACAGAAAUCCUCGAGUGAAGCAACAAUGCCUGCAACAGUCCUUUAGCAGUGGUGCAGGCAGUAGUGUCAGAAGUCCCAGUCCGGCAGACACUUACCCGGGGAGGACUUUGAGUUAUUGUGAAGACAGGAUACUGGUAGGACCAGGGCUGAAGAGAUAAGGCUCGCAGAGUGAACCCAGAGUUCACCAAGACGGGAAACGGGCUGUUAGUUUUAUGCAUGCGCCCUGGCUGAAGGACAGCAUCGUCUUCAAAUGAUCGUCUGCACGAUAUAGUAACGCUAUUCUUCAGUAUUUUGAGAGUGCGUUGCCAUAGCUACCCGAGACAGAGCGAGGGCGAGACUGCUCACGUGACCCGGCAAGAUGGCGACCACGGGGCAGAGCGGCUGUGAGAAUCUCAACUAGGCUCCGGUGGUGUUUGUUUUUUUUCUAACUGGGGAUUUGAAUCUGCUGAUUAAUUGUUGGCCAUCAUCAUCAUCCUCAUCGUCAUCAUCGCACCAGAGAAUCAAGAUGGCCCUGAAUGUGUUUGAUCAUGACGAAUACCGGCCACCGGUGUGGAAGUCUUACUUGUACCAGCUCCAGCAGGAGGCGCCUCACCCACGCAGGCUCACCUGCACCUGUGAGGUGAACAACCGGCCUAAAUACUACGGGAGAGAGUACCAUGGAAUGAUCUCGAGAGAAGAGGCCGACCAGUCGCUGAGUCAGGCCGAAGGCAGCUACCUCAUCAGAGAGAGUCAGAGACAGCCGGGCACAUACACACUGGCUCUAAGGUUCGGGAACCAGACGAGAAACUUCCGUCUCUACCACGACGGGAAACACUUUGUCGGAGAGAAGAGGUUCGAGUCCAUCCACGACCUGGUCACCGACGGCCUGAUCACGCUCUACAUUGAGACAAAGGCAGCGGAGUACAUCGCCAAGAUGACCAUCAACCCCAUCUACGAACACGUGGGCUACACCACCCUGAACCAGGAGCCCACCCUGAAGAAACAUCUGCCACUCAGCCCACAGGCCCCCGACGGGCCGGCUCCGGCCAAAGAUGACUGCAAUGCAGAGGAGAGGCUCACAUCGCUGGUGCGGCGGGCGACCCUGAGGGAGAGCGACUUGGCGCCCAAGUACGAGAAGGUCCACAACUUCAAGGUUCACACAUUCAGGGGCCCCCACUGGUGCGAGUACUGUGCCAACUUCAUGUGGGGUCUCAUCGCUCAGGGAGUGAAGUGUGCAGACUGCGGGUUGAAUGUCCACAAGCAGUGCUCCAAAGUCGUGCCCAACGACUGUCAGCCGGACCUGCGGCACGUCAAGAAGGUGUACAGCUGCGACCUGACCACGCUGGUCAAGGCCCACAACGCCAAGAGACCCAUGGUGGUCGAUAUGUGCAUACAGGAGAUCGAGGCCAGAGGUCUGGAGUCAGAGGGGCUGUACAGAAUAUCAGGCUUCAGUGAGCUGAUAGAAGAUGUCAAGCUGGCCUUUGACAGAGACGGAGAAAAGGCGGACAUUUCCUCAAACACUUACGAGGACAUCAACAUCAUCGCCGGAGCCCUCAAGCUCUACUUCAGAGAGCUGCCGAUCCCCCUCAUCACUUAUGAUGCGUACCCACACUUCAUAGAAACAGCAAAGAUUUCGGACCCAGAGAAACGGCUGGAGUCUCUCAACGAGGCCUUGAAGCUGCUGCCGCCUGCCCACUGCGAGUCCCUGCGAUACCUCAUGGGUCACCUCAAGAGGGUGACCCAGUGCCAGAAGGAGAACCUCAUGCCCAGCGAGAACCUGGGCAUCGUCUUCGGCCCCACGCUCAUGAGGGCGCCCGACCUGGACGCCAUGACGGCGCUCAACGACAUCCGAUACCAGAGACUAGUGGUGGAAAUGCUCAUUACCAAUGAAGACGUGCUGUUCUGAGAGGAAGGGAGGGAAAGGACAGAGAGAGCAGUUACGCGUCGUGAAAACACGGAGGAAAAAAGUGACCUGCUGACUUUUGACGUGGAAAUGAAGGAGAAACGUCUGCCUGGAUAAAAGGAGCAAUGAAGGAGGAGGCUAUUUGCAAAGAAGAAAUAAAAAUAAAGAUGGAAGGAUGCAGUGUUUUCCCUUUCCUUUGAUUCAUAAACAAACUUGAAGCUUCCAAAAAUUGCAACGCUAUAACUGUACAAAAAGGACUUACUGGAACACUGAAUACUGGGAAGGACAAUAAUUUCCGUCUCUAAGCUCAUAUCUUCUCUUUCUUAAAUGGAUGCCUUGACGGUUGUUUUUUUUUACCCGCUUAUUAUAAUUGUCUUGUUGUAAUGGGGGGAAAGAAAAUCAUCUUCAUUCAUAAGAAAACCUUGGAUUGGCAUUGAAACCAAAGUGUUAGCCACGGGCGAACCAGAAAAAAGACACCAGUUGUUGUCUGUGCUGUCAAGGUGUCCGUUCAAUCCUCGCUGAGCGUAGAAGAAGAAGCACUGAUGUCAGAAGCGUAGGCAGCUGGAUGGAUGAAAGAAUCACUCCUCAUCAUUCCUCUCUGUGGGGUUUAAGUGACUUGGACCUAUUGUGUUUUGAUUUCCUUUCUCAAAGCUUUUCUGUUUGUCUUUCCAGCUCCUGCUUCCAUUCACCGAUGUGUAAUUAUGCAGUAAUCCUUCUCUAACAUUGAUUUUUAUUUAAGUUGCUAAAAUAGAAAAAUCAAUGCCCACUUACCCCUUUUUCUGAACCCCUCAUGUCACAUUAUAAGCUUUUGUUUAAGACAUUAUUGCUGUUUUAAAACACUCUGCGUUUGAGCUGUGAAUCCGAACAAAUCCUGUGUCCUCCC